GUUUCUGUUCCUCUUACGCAAUAUGCGCCUUGUCUCCUCCUGUCAUCUCGGCGCACCACCACCACCCUGGUCAGUGCGGGGAACUAUUUUCUCUCAUCACCGCUCUCUCCUAGAGCUAACUGAACAUCAAAAUGGGGAACAGAGACGACGAGUAUGACUUCUUGUUCAAAGUCGUCCUAAUCGGAGACUCGGGCGUGGGGAAGAGCAACCUGCUGUCCCGUUUCACACGAAACGAGUUCAACCUGGAGAGCAAGAGCACCAUCGGGGUGGAGUUCGCCACCCGCAGCAUCCAGGUGGACGGAAAGACGAUAAAGGCUCAAAUUUGGGACACAGCGGGACAGGAGCGCUACAGAGCAAUCACCUCGGCGUACUACCGGGGCGCGGUUGGAGCCCUGCUGGUCUACGACAUCGCCAAGCACCUGACGUACGAGAACGUGGAGCGCUGGCUGAAGGAGCUGAGGGACCACGCCGACAACAACAUCGUCAUCAUGCUGGUGGGGAACAAGAGCGACCUGCGCCACCUCAGGGCCGUGCCCACCGACGAGGCUCGAGCCUUCGCGGAAAAGAACACCCUGUCAUUCAUCGAGACGUCGGCGCUGGACUCGACAAACGUAGAAGAGGCGUUCAAGGACAUUCUAACAGAAAUUUACCGCAUCGUGUCACAGAAGCAGAUAGCCGACAGAUCUGCGCACGACGAGUCUCCGGGCAACAACGUAGUAGACAUAAGCGUCCCGCCGACGACCGACGGCCAGAAGGGCAACAAACUGCAGUGCUGUCAAAGCCUGUGACGCUCAGCCUGAAGACACUCACCCCUCCACCUCGCCCUCCUCCUCUUCAUCACGCCACCAGUGCACUUUUUUAUUUCACACAAAAGCCAGCUCCUUCUUUUUCUUUAUCUU